AUGAGAAAGAUGACCGGUGGCUAUGGGACAGAGGAUUACUCGCGAUCACCGUCUCACACUAGCUAUGUGCAUACACCCAAUCCCGGAGGAAUCAUCAGUCACUCAGACCCUUUGGCCUCGAUAUUGUCACAACCCACCUUGGUUAUACAACGACAAAUUGAGUACAUGAAUUUGUUUCUGGGAUUUGAGCAGGCUAAUAGAUACGUUCUCAUGGAUUCGAUGGGCAAUCAGUUGGGUUGGCUUUUGGAGCGCGACUUUGGGUUCACCAAAGCAAUAAUGAGGCAAAUAUACAGACUUCACCGUCCGUUCACUGUGGACCUCCUAGACAACUACGGCAACGUUUUGAUGACUAUCAAAAGACCGUUCAGCUUCAUCAACUCUCACAUCAAGGCCUUUCUUCCAAAUGUGAUAGACUCCCGCUAUCCUGAUGGGGCAUUAAUUGGAGAGUCUGUUCAGAGUUGGCAUUUGUGGAGACGAAGAUAUAACUUGUUCAAAGCCAGUGGUGACGACGCAUUCGACCAGUUUGGAGCCAUUGACUCUGGUUUCUUAUCCUGGGAGUUCCCCGUCAGGGCAGAGAAUGGAACGAUAUUGGGCGCUGUUUCGAGGAAUUUUGUUGGAUUUGCAAGAGAACUUUUCACUGACACAGGCAUUUAUGUGAUUCGAAUGGAUCCGUUGAGCUUCCAGGGGCUGGAAGAUUUAUACUACCCCGUUUCUGAAAAAGGAAUGACUCUCGAUCAAAAGGCAGUUUUGCUAGCCAAUGCCGUGUCCAUUGACUUUGACUACUUUAGUAGACACAGCUCUGGACCUGGGGCCGGUUUGAUGUUUUGGGAAAGCGAAUAA